UAACAUUCAACCCGGCCUUCUCAAAUUUUCUCAAUGGGAAACUGCCAAGCCAUUGAUAAUGCAAGUCUAGUAAUCCAACACCCAAAUGGUGGCAAAGUUGAAAGGUUGUAUUCAAACAUUUCUGCUAGUGAAGUCAUGAAACUUAAUCCUGGACAUUAUGUUGCUUUGCUUCUUACUACUACUUUAUAUUCUACUUCUAAAACACCAUCCACCACCACCAACAAUAGUAAACAAAACAACCUAUCAACCCAACCCUUACGUAUUACUCGAAUCAAACUUCUUAGGCCAACUGAAAAUCUAACCGUUGGGCACAUUUAUAGACUUGUUACUACUAAAGAAGUAAUGAAAGGAUUAAUGGCCAAAAAGAACGGGAAAAGCAGCAAUAAUAUGAGAAAAAUAAUGCCAUCAGAAGACCUGGCCGGAAAACAUGACCCGGUGACCGGAAAAUAUAAUCUACCUGAAAAAACCCACCAUCAGAUGAAGUUGGAAAAAGAUCACCGGAGAAUGGUAGCUCCGGCGAAGUCGUCGGCCGGUGGAAUGAAACCAAAAGGGUGGCAUCCGUCGCUAAAUAGCAUCUCGGAAGCAUCAAGCUAGUUUUAGAAAUAAGUAGUUUUGAUCUGUUUAUAUUUGACCUUUUUUUAGCUUUGUUAUUUUAAUUUUUUGUAUGGUUUCUUUAGGGGACUCAUGAAUAUUAUAUUAUAUUAUUAUCAUAUAUAAAAUUUCAUCUAAGUUGGAAUUUUGAU